AUGGAGCAAUCUUUUGAUGUUAUUAUCAUUGGUGCCGGUAUCUCCGGCAUCAACGCCGCUUAUCGCUUGCAGUCUCAAAACCCUAAGCUUCGCUAUACUAUCCUCGAAGCCCGGAACAACCUGGGUGGCACCUGGGAUCUCUUCAAAUAUCCUGGGAUUCGCUCGGACUCGGAUCUCUUCACUUUUGGAUUUUCCUGGCAUCCAUGGGACCAGGGGAACCCCAUCGCCGACGGACCCUCUAUCGUGAAAUAUAUGAACAACGCGGCUGAGAAACAUGGCGUGAAAAAGCACAUACUCUUCGAACAUCGCCUGCUAGGCGCUGAUUGGUCUUCGGAAGAGAACACCUGGUCACUGAGUGUCGAACACGAGGGACAGUCCAAGUCAUUCUCGGCCCGGUUUAUCAUAUUCGGCACGGGCUAUUAUGACUAUCAUACGCCUUUGCAAGCCGAAAUCCCUGGGCUAGAUCAAUUUCAGGGACAGAUCAUCCACCCACAGUUCUGGCCCGAGGACCUGGACUAUAGCGACAAGAAAGUGGUCAUCAUUGGCAGUGGAGCCACCGCUGUGACUCUGCUUCCCAACCUUGCCCAGAAGGCCAAGCAUGUUACCAUGCUCCAGCGCAGUCCCACCUAUAUUCUUUCUCUCCCGAACCGGCGCCGUUCGUGGUGGAGCUAUAUUCUCCCGGUGGCUCUCGAUCGCAAAAUCCAGCGUCUGAGCUGGCUGCUCACUUCGCGCUUUUUCUUCCUUUUCUGUCAAGCCUUCCCAACCCUCGCCCGCUUCAUCCUGCGUCUGUCCGUCUCCCGCCAGCUGCCCUCUCACAUUCCACACGACCCGCACUUCCGCCCACGGUACAACCCAUGGGACCAACGUCUGUGCGUAUGUCCUGAUGGGGACUUCUUUAAGAGCUUGCAUACCGGUCGUGCAGAUGUCAAGACCGACACCAUCCGCGAGGUCACGGCAUCCGGGAUCGUCCUGAACUCUGGAGAGAAGUUGGACGCGGAUCUGAUCAUUACGGCCACCGGGCUGAAGUUGCAGAUUGCGGGCGGAGCCUCGGUCACCGUUGAUGGAAUUCCUCAAUAUGUUUCUGAGAAGUAUAUCUGGCACGGAAUCAUGUUGCAAGACGUUCCCAAUGCCGCCUUCGUCAUCGGUUAUACCAACGCCUCCUGGACUUUGGGCGCCGACGCAACCGCGCAGUUUCUCUGCCGACUGCUUCAAGAGUUGGAGCAACGAGGCGUCCAGGCAGCCGUGCCACGGUUAAGCCCCGCCACUGCCAAAGAGAUGCAACCACGUCGUUUGUUGAACCUCAAUUCUACCUACGUGACCAAGGCAGAGCGGGAUCUCCCCAAGGCAGCGGACAGGGGACCGUGGCUGCCAAGAGAUAAUUAUCUCGAUGAUAUCAAGUUUGCAAAGACGGGUCCAAUCGAUGAGGAUAUGGAGUUUCUGGGGGAGAAGAAAUUGCAAUAA